AUGUCCCAAGACCAGAAGUCCCUCAUUAACCCAAAUUCUCAAGGAGCUAGCGUACGCUUGGAUCGGCUCGAGGAGGUAUUAAUCCGCCUGAAUGCUCAGCUUACUGCAGUUACCACUAACGGCCCGCGGCGAACACCAAACCGUCGCCCUACUUCCUCCGAUUCCCACAUCCGCCGUCCACAAUCUCCAAGUAGCGUCUGUUGGUAUCACCAACAAUUUGGAGGAGCAGUUCGACGAUGUCUUCAGCCAUGCUCUUUCAAGGCAUCUCUAACGGCCUCAGGGAGACAAUCCCACCCGACAGUAGAGUCCACUGCUGCUGGAAGCGUUGCCAAUCUCCACACUCGCCGUUUGUUUCUCUGGGACCGUAUCGCUGGCGCCAAAUUCCUUGUCGACACUGGUGCCGAGGUUAGCGUGGUUCCACCAAAUCCGGCCGAACGCAAAACCCGCAGCUCUUUUUAUCUAACAGCUGCCAACAACUUCAGCAUCCCCACCUUUGGACAGCGCUCCAUCACACUUGAUUUGGGCCUCCGUCGAAUUUUCCGAUGGGUUUUCAUUAUUGCUGACGUCUCCGUCGCCCUCAUAAGUGCCGAUUUCCUAGCUCACUUCAAUCUACUGGUUGAUUUGAAGAAUCGCCGACUCGUCGACUGCAUCACCGACCUUCAUGCCUGA